AUGCGACUCUUAACAUUCACCAUUGUGUACUUCUUCAGUCAACUGUUCAUAUCGAUUGGCGCAGUAGUUAAUGGAGAUGACUCCACAUCUAACACAUUUCCUGUCAAUCUUGAUUGGAGAACCAGAGGUGUUAUUGCACCUAUAUAUAGUCAAGGACAAUCGCCCUACGUUGCUGCCAUCACCAUGGUUGAAACUAUCGAGAGUCUUUAUGCAAUCGAAACUGGAAAUCUCACGCGUGGAAGUGUAGCACGUGUCAUCGAUUGUUGUCCAAAGUUCAUCGUCGAUUUUGAAUGCAUUGUGAGACUGGGUGGAAUAUGUCGUGAUUCAGAUUAUCCCACCGCACGUGGCACCUGCGAACCGAAUGCUUGCGUUCCAUUUGCAACAUUCGAAAAACUGAUUGUUUUUCGCGGAUUGGACGAUGAACAACUGGUACCUCUCAUUCAAAACGCAACGCUACUUGUCAGUGUCGAUGCAGCAAGUAUUAGAUUUAUGGAAUACCAGAACGGAAUAUUCCAAGACCAGACUUGCUCGUCGACAACCAUCGAUCAUCUACUCCAACUGGUCGGUUACGGUCAAAGUGAGACGGGUGAACCAUUCUGGAUUGCUAAAAAUAGUUGGGGUGAGAGUUGGGGUGACAAUGGAUAUAUUCGAAUUCUUCGCGGCAAAAAUAUAUGUGGCAUUGCUACACAAAGCAUUGUACGUUUAGUCAUCGGAUUAUGA